UACGGUCACACUAGUAAAGUAACUCAUCAAAAAUACAUCGCAGUUGUUACGUGAAAGUUUUCAAACGCUAAUUUUUAUAUUUAAACAGUGCUUUUUUGAAAUUUUCCUUCGCAAAAGUGUCUGGCAGUGAUUGUACAAAUGUAUUAGCAUAAAAAGCAAAAACCUAGCAACUGCGAUUACUUGCAAACCAAAAAACUUGAUCAACAGCAGGAUCAAGAUCUUGGAAACGGAGUCCACAAUGGAUCAGCUAUUUCAGAGCUGCCGCGACGAUGAGCGGAGGAUCGGCGAGGAGUACCUGUCCAGCCUGCAGGACCUCAACUGCAACAGCAAGCCGCUCAUCAACAUGCUCACCAUGCUCGCCGAGGAGAACAUCAACUACGCCCAUAUCAUUGUCAAAGUGGUGGAAUAUUACAUCAGCCAGGUGCCGCCCGAAUUUAAAUUGCCCAUACUAUAUUUAAUUGAUUCGAUAGUAAAGAAUGUGAAAAGCAGCUACGUCCAAUUGUUUGGGCAAUGCAUAGUCAACAUAUUCCUGCACGCCUUUGAGUCGGUUCAGCACUCACAGUCGCAGCUUUUGGAAAAGGUGCGGGAACGCAUGUACGCCCUGCGACAGACCUGGAACGAGGUCUUCCCGCCCUCCAAGAUGUACGCCCUGGAUGUGAAGGUGAAGCAGCUGGAUAACAACUGGCCCAUCACCGCCAAACAGCCGGCUAAAAAGAUCCACGUCAAUCCGGCCAUUCAUGUGAACCCGGACUUUCUAAAACCGGGUAUGGUGCCCGUGAUGCCCGUCAAUCCCACACUGCCCAGCGACAUGGAGGAGAUACUGCAGGCCAAGACUCGCGAACUGCUGGAGCUUAAGAAGCGCAAACUGGAACUUGAGCUGGAGCAGACCAAGAAGCAUUUAGAGGAGCAGGAGCGCCAGCUAAACCAGGCCACUGACGCCAUGGCUGUUGGUAGCGGGGCCAUGCCUGCUCCGCACGCAGCUGCUAUUCGUCCGCCCAUCAUGGAUCCCGGGCUGGCAAUGCGCAAUCAACGCGCACCGGGCAAUGCUGGUCCCAUAAUGCCACAGCAGCAAUUUGCCAACAAGCCAAAGGUCAAUCCCGUCAAUCCGGCGCUCUUAAAUUCAGUACGCCAACGAGAUCCGCGACUGGCGCGUCAAAUGCAGCCGCAGUCCUCACAUCCGGCCGCGCCAGCUCGCAACGAUCCCCGCCUGGAGGCCAAGUCGUCGUCCAGCUCUACACAGAAAUCUAGUCGAUCGCGCAGCAAAUCGCCAGUGCGCAACAGCAGCAGUCGCUCGGGAAAGAGUGGAAGUGGAAGCUCUCAUCACAGCAGCUCGUCGAGCCGCAAGCGCAGCGAGUCCAAGAGCUCCACUGCCUCCUCGUCCUCGUCGGGAUCGGAAGUGCGGCACAAGAGCGGCAGCAACAGCAGCAGCAGCUCCAACCAGUCGCCGGUGAAGCGAAGCGGCAAGCAUUCGUCGAAGGAGCCGUCGGAUCGCUAUGUUCGCAAUGGCUCGCCCACGGGAUCUUCGAAGCGCAAGAGCAGUUCGCCGAGUAGUUCGCCCUCCAAGUCAAAGCGCAGUGCGUCCCACAAGUCGUCCUCAUCUUCGUCGCGAGGAAAGCCAUCUUCUUCGGGACGAUCGCGCAGUCGAUCGCCAGUCUUCAUGGACGUUGAUCUGCGCGGCAAGUCACCAGAGACCAAGGCGGCAGUAGCUCAGGUGGCCGCCUCUUCAGCAGCAGCAGCACCUAAAGCAUCAAAUGAUUUAGAGAAACGCCCUCCUCCAGCUCCUCCAAGUCCGCCGAUCAUAGAUGUAUCGAGUAUGGACAUUGACUUGAGGCGGCCCAAGACGCCGCCUCCCCCAACAUUCGACUCGGAAGCAUCGGAAGGCCAGGAGAAGAAGGAACCAAUUGGUAUUGGCGGCAACAUCAGCAGCACAAUAAUACUAGCUAGUGGCGCCUCCAACGCCUCCCCGCCAAUCGCGUCCACUUCCAAAUUGCCCGCAAAAGUGUCGUUCAAAAUACAGAAACAGUUUAAUAAGUUAGAAAAAUCUACAGCGAAUCUAUCAACAGCAUCACUGCUAAAUCCCAAUUCCACGACUUCAGCAGCAGCAUCAUCAGUCAGGCAGCCAUCGCCCAGUCCCUCGUCCUCGUCCGUCUCCUCGCAGGGUAAUGUAUCCGAUGCCCUGCAGCUGUCGAUCAACAAGUUGCUCCAGGUGCAAGGUGGCGCCUCCGGUGCCGCCGAGAAGCGUCCCGCCGACGACCUGCCUCCGGAGAUGGGCGACGAGGAGCAGCCGCCGCAGCAGAAGCGCAGCAAGUCAACCAAACUGGAUGCUCUCUUUGGCAGUGAAGAUGUGGACCUGCGCCGCGAGAUUCCAGCUGUUAAGCCAGGAGUAAUUGUUGUGGAAGACGACUCCAUGGAUAACUGCGAUGUCAGCAAGCCAACGAAGAAAUCUGGUUCGCCUCCAAAGAGGGCCACGUUUAGUGAUGUGCGGGCCAAGUUGGCCAAUUCAGCUAGACAGGAGAAUAAAAUGGGAAAGUCUGACAAAGCAAAGGAUCAAGCAGUAUCACAGCGAAUUAAGCAGCUUGCUGAGCUAAAAGCCAACGAUGACUCGCAGGAGGCGCACGACGAGAAAGUUCGCACGAUUCUCAGCCAGGCGCAGGAGAUGUACGAGAAUCACGGCAUGAACCAGGAACAGUACAAGGAUCUGGUCCAAAACCUGGUUAAUGAGACCAGCAAGAAGAAGGAUGCCCGGCGAAGGGAUGAUGAUCUCGAGCGCAAUGCAGCCAGGGAUGCAGUGCUACGCAAACGCAUUCCCAAGCUGAAGGGCAACGAAAAUCAUUCCUCUGGCUCGCCGCGCAGCGAUGGUUCGCCUCGCUACGAGGAUCAACCGGUGGUGCCUGCUCCAGAGAAGCCCUCCGUAAAGAGAGACAAGACCAAGCGGGACAUUAAGCGUCGCAAGCCCAGCAAAUGGGGUGAUCAAGUGGAUCCUGGUGUGGCACAACGCAAUGCCUGGCAGUUGGCCAAUGCGAAUAAUAAUAAUAACAAUAACAAUAUAAACAACAUAAAACGCGUGGGGAUCCAAAUGCCCGUUCAGCAGCCGCAGCAACCUGGAUUCCGUGGAAUGCCUUGGCAACAGCCACCGGCCAUGGUGAUGGCCCAGUCGGCAGUUCCGCCGCCACCGCAACCGCCGUCGAUGAUGGGCCUUCCACCAGUUCCCCCGGUAACCAUGACCAAGGCCAUUAAUUCCCUGGACAAUCCCAUGGCCGAUGUGGUGCGCAGCAUCACCAUCGACGGAGGAUCCAAGGAGAUUCGCUUCUACAACCAAGUGGCCAUCAUCUUUAUGGACGGCGAUCAGCCGCAUGAAAUUGGUUUCCAGCCGGGCCAACGGGUGAUCCUAAUCGAUCACAAUGAACCGCUGCCGCUGUGCUUCAACGACGACUACAAGCCGUUCCAGUUGGACGGUCAGCUGCACCGCAUCCGCUUCGGUUUCCCAUCCCGCGAGCUCUACAUCGACGAUCACUGGUACGAGAUCUACUUUGGUGGGCCGCCCGUAUCCCUGCCCAUUGGCAACAAGAUGCAUGUGAUCAAGGCAGAGGGUCCGCCGCCCAAUGUGGACAUUGGUCGAGUGCGUCGCGAUCUGGUUGUGGGCAAGAUCAAUAUGAUUGUGGAUGCGCAUAAUAUUGUGCCCCUCUUCCUGGACGCCAGGCAGCAGACCUUUCAGCUGGGCGCCGAACAGCAUUCGCUGCAGUUUGUGGACAGUUUCCAGUACGCUCUGCUCGACGGACAGCUGCAGAAAAUCGAAUACGGUGGUUUGCCCAAGGGAAUGACCCUAAAUGGCGGACGCAGCUGCUUUAUAAGAUUUGGAACGCUGCCCAAAGGAGUCAUUGCGGGCAGGACACAUGUGGCCGAUAUGGUUUAUAUUAAGACUGAAGCUCCCGCAGAGCCACCCAAGCCGCCGCCGAUGAUUGUGAGACAACCGCCCGUGGUGGAGCAACCCAAACAGGCGCCUGCUGCCGCUGCCGUAGCUCCAAUUUCCCUGCCAGCAGCCGCCGCAGCUUUGGAGAGCUUAAACAUCAAUGAUUUGUUCCAGAAGCUUGUUUCUUCGGGAAUAAUUGGAGGAGCUGCUGCUGUGCCCGCUGCAGAUUCUUCGGCGUCUAAAAAAGAAGAAACUAUUCCUGCCAGCGAACCCUCAACUGCAAAAGCAACUGCAGCAGCUGCUCCUGUUCCUGCUCCAGUGCCUGCUGAGCCCAUCAAGCGCAUCGAUCUCCACAAGCCGGAAACCAUCAAGACCCGCCAGUCUGCUGUGGUGGCCACUCUCUACCUGGGAAUGCAGUGCAGCAGUUGUGGAGUGCGGUUCCCGCCAGAGCAGACCAUCAAGUACAGCCAGCAUUUGGAUUGGCACUUCCGGCAGAACAGGAGGGAGCGGGAUUCCACCAGGAAGGCCACCUCCCGCAGAUGGUACUACGAUCUCAACGACUGGCGGCAGUACGAGGAAAUCGAAGAUGUGGAGGAGCGAGAGAAGAAUUUCCUCGAGGCGCAGGGACAGCCUGGCGGCAUUGAGGCGCUCGAAGAGCUGUCGCAGCAACGCUCGCUGGAUUCACCGGUGCCCACCUGUGCGGCUGGAACCGAUGACGUGGAUCACUGCUGCGACAUGUGCCACGAGAAGUUCGAGCAGUUCUACAACGAAGAGCUCGAGGAGUGGCAUCUGCGCAGCGCCAUUCGUGUGGAGGAUAAGAUCUACCAUCCGCUGUGCUACGAGGACUACAAGGCCUCGUUGAAUCCGCCAGCGGAGGUUAAGUCUGAUAAGGAUGUGGACAUGAACAACACCGAUGAUAAUGCCAUGGACACACUGAUCAAAGUGGAGGACGACGAUGAUGAAGAAGGUGCCGUCAAACCAUCGCAGUCUAUUAUAGAUGACGAUGACGACGAUGUCAUUGUGCUGCCCAACGAAGAGCCCAGUGUCACGGAAAUCGUCGAUGACGACGACGAGGAUGAAUACGUUCCGGGCAAUGUGACGCGAGCGGACAUGGGCAACGAGUCGCAGGACAAGCCAGAGUCCAGUUCCGAGACAAAGGAGCAGGAGAAAGAGAAGGAACAGCCACAAAGCGAAUCGGCCAAUGAGUCGGAUGUGGAGAUCCAAGAGCCAAACAUUCCCUUCACCGAUCUGGACACCUAUGUGGAGAAGGAGAUGGAUGAGGCCACCCGAGCGGCGCUGCUCAAUGUGAAGAUCAAGGAAGAGCCCAAGGACGAGUAUGAGGAUGACGAGGACGAUGGCUUCGAGGAUGUGGGCACUGUGGUGUCCCUCCUACCUUUGCCCGAGGACGAGAUCUCCAUACACAGCAGCGAAACUCAAACGCACACCAUCGGCUCCUCGGCCUCGCCGGCCACCAUCGAACGGCCCGCCUCGGUCACGUCGCUCUCCCUGCCCGCCAACGAAGCGGAGGACGAGGUGGCGGAGCAGGCAGAUGCCUCAGUGGCCGCCGUGGUGGAUUCAGAAGCGGAACUCAACGGAGAGCGGCAGGAGUCCACGCAUAACCUGAGCGCAGUGGGUCCGGCGUUACCUUUGGCUAGCAUAGUUAAUAAAAUAAAGAUAAAUAUCACUAAGAAUACGAGUAGUAAUAGUCAUAAUAGUGCCUCCAACGCCACGACGACGACGGAUUCGCAAGUCUCGGCCAUCAGCGUCAUCGGUGGAUCAGGAGGAGGAGGAGGAGAUGCCGCUGCUGGUGGAGAUUCCGCGCAGCAGCAGGUGAACGCCAUUCAGACCAUUUCCACCAUUCCAGUGCUGUGCGGCGGCAAUACGUUUGUGCCCAAGAUAGCCACCAGCACUCCAUCCUCCAGCGUAAUCAGCUCGAUCUCGGUGAUUGGCAGCAGUUACGGCGGCAGCAGCAACAGCAGUAGCACCAGUGCAUCUGCAUCUUUGCCGGCGGAGACGACAGCUAGCCGGAAAUCGCCCACCCCGCCGCCGCCUGCAGUCGCCGCUGAACCCGAUCCGGAACCCGUCGUGGAGAUGAAGCCGGCGCUGCGGAACGCCACGCUGAAGCGGACGAAGAAGGUGCAGAACGGCAUCGAAACUUCGGGCCUGUGCUCGAUCAUGUAAAUCGAGGGAUCGAUCAGCCAGCGAUAUAUUCCUAUUUAAUUUUUUAACUACAAUUACUUUUACACGUUACUUAGUUUUAGAUAGCCAGCGAGUCGUUCUCCGCCGGAGAGCGUCGCCUCGUGAUCUUGUAGGUACCCAAAUAUUUUCCCCCCUCCGGCGCAUCAUAAAUAAUUUAUUACCUAAAAAAACAAAUAACUGGCAAAAUUUAAUAAAAGAAAGAAAUCUACAACUUACAGAAUAAAAACAGAGUAUACAUAAUUUGUGAUAACUUUAUAACACUAGCAAACUCGACACAUUUCUUUGACCAUUAAAAACCAGCCCAACUAAUGUGUAAUAAUGCAUAUUUUUUAUGCCGAUUUGAGAAAAUAAACAACGAAAAAUAAA